CUCUCUCUCUGAGGCUUUGGCAGUGCUCCACUGAAGCACCAAAAUGCUCUCUCACUUCAAUGGCUCCUCUUGGAUUGAAGAAGCCGAGGUCGGCGCCGGCGACGGCGCCGGGCCUUCGUGGCAGCCGAGAGCUGAGGCCGGCCCUUCAGAGGAUGAUCCCGAUCUCGGCGGGCUUCCUUCCUUCAAAUCCAUGCUCGAAGAUCCAUCCUGGUACUUCUCCUCCGACGCUGGCGCCGACCAGUGCCCUUCCGGCCGUUUCCAGGGCCUGCAGUCUCACCAAGAUCUCGCCUUUCCCACCGAUUCCUCCUCUUUCGUCAACAAACCCAUCUCUUUCGACCCUGGCUUCGAGCUCUCCUUCGAUGCCCCGGCCCCCGUCUUCGAUUUGAGCUCCAAAUCGCCGUUUUCCAACCCGAUUGUCUUCGAGAACACCCCAGUUUUCAGUAGGGCUAAGGUUUUGAGGCCACUUGAUGUUUCCCCGCCAGUGGGCGCGCAACCGACUUUGUUUCAGAAGCGAGCGGCGGUGCAUGGAGUGAAGAGGAGUGAGGAGGAGGAAGGGAGUGGGAAUGGUUCAGGAGUGAAUUGGGAUUCAGAGGACGAGAGGAGGAACAGCAAUGGCGGGAAUAAUGUCGCAGUGCAUGGAGGUGGUGAAGUGAAGGAGGGGAAGGGCAAGACGAAAGGACAACCUGCGAAGAAUUUAAUGGCCGAACGGAGGCGAAGGAAGAAGCUCAACGACCGUCUCUACAUGCUCCGAUCUGUGGUGCCCAAGAUCAGCAAGAUGGACAGAGCCUCUAUUCUGGGCGAUGCCAUUGAGUACCUGAAGGAACUUUUGCAGAGGAUCAAUGACCUUCAAAAUGAGCUUGACUCAAUACCUCCCAAUUCUUCUCUGCCUCCCACAUCUAUACCUAGUUUUCACCCUUUGACACCCACGCCGCCAACGUUGCCAUGCCUUGUUAAGGAGGAAUUAUGCUCAAGUCCUUUGCCAAGUUCAAACAGCCUACCCGCCACGGUUGAAGUCAAGAUGCAGGAAGGCGGAGCCGUCAACAUCCACAUGUUUUGUGCUUGCAGACCAGGUCUGCUUCUUUCAACGAUGAGGGCUCUUGAUGGUCUAGGUCUUGACAUUCAGCAAGCAGUAAUCAGCUGCUUCAAUGGUUUUGCUAUGGAUGUUCUCCGAGCCGAGCAAUGCAAUAAUGGAACUGGAGUCCUACCAGAAGAUAUCAAAGCAGUGCUCUCUCAGUCUGCAGGCCUGCAAAGUUUAGUGCAGUAAAAGUGUGUAUCAAUGGAUGAUGCAAGUUUGCACAAACAUAUUACAAGCCAUUUUGUUGAUCCUGUUGUUUCAACUUGUCUCAGAUGAAAAGGAAAUGGUUCAAGUUGUAGACUGUGAUGGGCACUAAUAUAUUCCAACUUGUAGUUUUAUGUUUUAUGCAUUUUGCCAAUUAACUUUUCAUAAUUUCAAUGCUCAUUUUAUAAGUA